UAUGGCGGCCGUGGCAAAGUUUUCGCCGCCCGUAUGAGAAAUUCGCAUUCGUCAAGAUUGAAUAGUUCACGGUAAACGUUAAUCAUACGGUAACCCUGUUUGGGUUACAUAGAUUAGAUCGCGAGUGAAAAUUCGUUCGUGUCGUAGCACGUCGAGGCAGCCCAAUGCAGGUCGCGCGCAAUUCUUGUAGCCCAAAUCAUGACUUCAAUGCUGUCCAGCUUUAACCCGCCUAUCGUUAAGCGAUUGUUGGGUUGGAAAAAAGCGGAAGGAGAAGACAAAUGGAGUGAAAAAGCUGUUAAAAGUCUCGUUAAAAAGUUAAAAAAGUCCACCGGCCUCGACGAACUCGAGAAGGCCAUUACUACGCAAAGUUGCAACACGAAGUGCAUUACUAUACCGAGGCCUAGUCCAGGCGGCGUCGGUGACAACGGUGUCCAAGGAGUGCGCGGCAAAGGCCUGCCGCACGUGAUCUACUGCCGACUUUGGCGCUGGCCGGAUUUGCAGUCGCACCACGAACUAAGGGCAAUCGAGCAUUGCGAGUACGCGUUCACGCAGAAACGGGACGAAGUCUGCGUCAACCCGUACCAUUAUCAACGAAUACAAACACCAGUUUUGCCAGCCAUUCUCGUACCACGGCAUAAUUUAGCCGGGGACGAGUCCGUCCUUUAUAACACUUCCAUCGAGGAGCUCAGUGUUAGCGUGCCAGAAAAUACGAGCUUCCACGCGACGUUAAAUCAUCAGCACCAUAAUCAACAGAGUAUACCGCAAUCACCGCAGCAGCAACAACAGCAACAACAGCAGCAGCCACCGAGCAAUCCGUAUCAAGGAAUGCAGAGUAUGCAGGCGACGAGUCCGGCUAGCGUUGGGAGCCUAGGAAGUGUUCAGGGUUCACCACAUCCGGCGCCUGGAUCUAUGGAUCCUCCUGCCGAUACUCCUCCUCCUGGAUAUAUAAGCGAAGAUGGUGAUAACAUGGAUCACAACGACAAUAUGUCCUUAUCGCGUUUGUCUCCCAGUCCUGUGGACGCACAACCAGUUAUGUAUUGCGAACCAGCCUUUUGGUGUUCGAUAAGUUACUACGAAUUGAAUACGAGAGUGGGCGAAACCUUUCAUGCGUCCCAACCGAGCAUAACAGUGGAUGGAUUUACCGAUCCAAGUAAUUCCGAACGUUUCUGUUUGGGUCUGCUGUCGAACGUUAAUAGAAAUACCGUAGUCGAACAGACGAGACGGCAUAUUGGGAAAGGAGCUAGAUUAUAUUACAUUGGCGGUGAGGUGUUUGCCGAAUGUUUAUCCGAUUCGAGCAUUUUCGUGCAAAGUCCUAAUUGUAAUCAACGUUACGGUUGGCAUCCAGCCACAGUUUGUAAAAUACCACCCGGCUGCAAUUUAAAGAUUUUUAACAACCAAGAAUUUGCGGCAUUAUUAUCGCAAUCGGUUUCUCAAGGAUUCGAAGCUGUGUAUCAGUUGACUCGGAUGUGUACGAUCAGAAUGAGUUUCGUAAAGGGUUGGGGAGCAGCGUAUCGUCGGCAAACCGUGACGUCGACUCCUUGUUGGAUCGAGUUGCAUUUAAACGGUCCAUUGCAAUGGCUCGAUAGGGUACUCACGCAGAUGGGAUCACCGCGUUUACCCUGUUCCUCGAUGUCAUAAGGUUGUAUGCUUUUCUCCUCGAUGAAUGCGAGAAAACAGGGACGAUACGUGUGCUGUCAUUGUCGUCGUCGUUGUGUAAAUUGGUUUUUCUUACCGCGGAUUCAUUGUUUUAUCCGAUUUUUUCCAACCAUCGACUACAGUGAUAAACAGUGCAAGAAACGAGGUACGAUUACCAUUUUCACGAAGCGUGUAUGUGUAUCCUAGCUUCAAAAGUGUAUGGAAUACGAAAUCGACUUCGUGUUCGAAGUGCCAGAAAAGCAUUCGAUCGAAUGAAUGCAGAUAAAACUGGCGAUCGGUUAGCUAUAGGAACGCUCAAGUGCUCAAAUCGCGAUGCUUCAUCGAUGUUUCCUACGGAAGAAAGGAAAGGACGAUGUGCGGGCAAAAGAGUGCAGACAAAACCGGUUCAAUGUAACAUUCACACAGUCAUCACCAGUACAGAAAAUCAAUUCUUCGAUAAACUGGGAUAUCACGAUCGAGAGUACUAAAUAACAAAAUAAAUAGAUAUUGUUGGCUCACUUAUCGCACGUUCUGUGUGGAUAUAGUGCUUUACGAUUCAGGGUUACGAAUCCGAUUUUAACUGAAUUAAGAGGGCGAAAAACAAGCGUGACUCUGUGUGUAUGUGUAUAUAUACAUAUAUAUAUAUAUAUAUACGUAUGUACGUACGUACGUAACCAGAUAUGUAGGUGCAUAUGUAUAUGUGUACCACGUUGAAAGAAAAGCUCAGUCUUUACAUAUUUUUAUCGCUUGUUAAGUCAACGCACUCCAGUCGUACAGUAUACGUCAGCCCUUACAAAAUAAUACAUAAUAUUAUGUACAUUCACACAGUUUAUAGUCUGCUGAAAAGAAUUUCUAUAGGGUGGGUAAACGU